AUGACAUCACCGCUGCCAGCGGGAAAGAUCAUGGCCAUCGAGGUCGCCACACGAACAACCUCUGUCUUCUCCGUCCUGGGUUCAACUUUCAUCAUUACCACCUUUCUGUGGUUUCCCUUCUUUCGGAAGCCCAUCAACCGUCUAGUCUUCUUUGCAACAUGGGGAAACAUCCUCGCAAACGUUGCGACACUCAUGUCAACAUCGGCGAUUCCGAAGCAUCGUGAUAUGCUGUCCCAACUUUGCGAGUUUCAGGGUGUCCUAAUUCAGUGGUUUAUGAUGGCCGAUUCACUCUGGGUGUUUUGCAUGGCCUUGAACGUCUUUCUAGUCUUCUUCUACGCUUACGACUCUCACCAAUUACGCCAUCUAGAGAAGUGGUACCUGCUCUUCGCAUAUGGUGUACCUGCCAUCCCGGCCCUUAUCUAUGUAAUUCUCGAUCACACUGGCCAUCGUAUCCUUGGGCCUGCAACUCUCUGGUGCUGGGUUGCAAAAGAAGUCGACUGGAUGCGCAUCACCUUCUUCUACGCCCCAGUCUGGAUUGUCGUGACUGCCACUUUGACCAUUUACAUUGUGACCGGUCUUAGAAUCUUCCAGAAGCGUGCCUUGUUGCAAUCUUUCUCUAGGCAGUCUAGGCAACUGCCUGUAGUAGAGGAGAGCUCGGCAAAUCCAUUUACGGGCGGCAAUAAUAUUGUCGUGACAACACAAAUCAAGUACGAUGUCGAGCACGAGAUCUCGCGAUGUGUUUUGUCUGAAGGAGACCGAGAGUCGAUUAGCACCUUUGCAAGCACCAGAAACCUUUCAAACGUGGGCCGAUUAGACGAGCAGGCUUCAGCCUCGCUACCCAUGGCUCCUGCGAUCCGUACUCACCAAAACCAUCGAAAGUCUGCGGAGACUCAAACGAGCGGAAAUGGGCGAAGCGGUUACAGGGCGACUGCUUUCGCUACUAACAGCACUACAGGGUCUGCAAUGGGCCAAACAGGACAUUCACAAGUCAACCCACCUAUCAGAAUAAGGACCGCAGAGGGAAACGCUGCAGCCAUGGCAUACCUCAGAGUCGCCUUUCUCAUGUUCAUAGCCUUGUUCGUGGUCUGGGUGCCAAGUAGUUUGAACCGGCUCUACCAGUUCAUCCACAAGGACAGGCCAAGCUACGGUCUGAACAUCAUCUCUGCCACGGUCCUCCCACUUCAAGGAGCUUGGAACGCCAUUAUUUAUAUCUUCACUACGCGGGCGGAGUGCAAACGAGCAUAUGGCCUGGUCGAGUCAAAGUUUACCGGUCAGCCACCCCGGUACCAACCACGAAACGAUACGUACCGGGAGGAUACCAUGACGAGCUCCCGACACACCCGAGAUUCCGAUGCUGAAAUCACUCUUGGUGACAUGUUUAAGCAAGGAGACGAGGUGCGCCAUAUUGAGGUGUCAAGCCCCGACAGUGUGGCGGACCCUAAACCUUACCGCAGCCAAGAACAACGAUGA